AUGAGGGGAACACUUGGUGAUGCAUGUGAUAAAGGUAAUCUAAAUCUAAUCAGGGGAACACAUAGUGAUGCAUGUGAUAAAGGUAAUCUAAAUCUAAUCAGGGGAACGCUUGGUGAUGCAUGGGAUAAAGGUAAUCUAAAUCUAAUCAGGGGAACACUUGGUGAAGCAUGUGAUAAAUGUAAUCUACAUCUAAUAAGGGGAACACUUAGUGAUGCAUGUGAUAAAGGUAAAGAUCUACAUCUAAUCAGGGGAACACUUGGUGAUGCAUGUGAUAAAGGUAAUCUAAAUCUAAUCAGGGGAACACUUGAUGAUGCAUGCGAUAAAGGUAAAGUUCUAAAUCUAAUCAGGGGAACACUUGGUAAUGUAUGUGAUAAAGGUAAAGUUCUAAAUCUAAUCAGGGGAACACUUGAUGAUGCAUGCGAUAAAGGUAAUCUUAAUCUAAUCAGGAAAAUACUUGGUGAUGCAUGUGAUAAAGGUAAAGUUCUAAAUCUAAUCAGGGGAACACUUGAUGAUGCAUGCGAUAAAGGUAAUCUUAAUCUAAUCAGGAAAAUACUUGGUGAUGCAUGUGAUAAAGGUAAUCUAAAUCUAAUCAGGGGAAGACUUGGUGAUGCAUGUGAUAAAGGUAAAGUUCUAAAUCUAAUCAGGGGAACAAUUGGUGAUGCAUGUGAUAAAGGUAAAGUUCUAAAACUAAUCAGGGGAACAAUUGGUGAUGCAUGUGAUAAAGGUAAUCUAAAUCUAAUCAGGGGAACACUUGGUGAUGCAUGUGAUAAAGGUAAUCUAAAUCUAAUCAGGGGAACACUUGGUAAUGCAUGUGAUAAAGGUAAAGUUCUAAAUCUAAUCAGGGGAACACUUGAUGAUGCAUGUGAUGAAGGUUAUCUAAAUAUAGUUGGGGGAACAUUUGGUGAUGCAUGUAAUAAAGGUAUUCUAAAUCUAAUCAGGGGAACAAUUGGUGAUGCAUGCGAUAAAGAUAAUCUUAAUCUAAUCAGGGGAACACAUGAUGAUGCAUGUGAUAAAGGUAUUCUCAAUCUAGUCAGGGGAACAUUUGGUGAUGCAUUAGAUAAAGGUAAAGUUCUAAAUCUAAUCAGGGGAACACUUGAUGAUGCAUGCGAUAAAGGUAAAGUUCUAAAUCUAGUCAGGGGAACAUUUGGUGACGCAUGUGAUAAAGGUUAUCUAAAUCUAAUCAGGGGAACACUUGGUGAUGUAUGUGAUAAAGGUAAUCUUAAUCUAAUCAGGGGAACACAAGGUGAUGCAUGUGAAAAAAGUAAUCUGAAUCUAAUCAGGGGAACACUUGGUGAUGUAUGUGAUAAAGGUAAUCUUAAUCUAAUCAGGGGAACACAAGGUGAUGUAUGUGAAAAGGGUAAUCUAAAUCUAAUCAGGGGAACACUUGAUGAUGCAUGUGAUAAAGGUAAUCUAAAUCUAGCCAGGGGAACACUUGAUGAUGCACGUGAUAAAGGUAAAGUUAUAAAUCUAAUCAGGGGAACAAUUGGAAAUGCAUGUGAUGAAGGUCAUCUAAAUCUAGUCAGGAGCACAUUUGGUGAUGCAUGUGAUAAAGGUUAUCUAAAUCUAGUCGGGGGAACAUUUGGUGAUGCAUGUGAUAAAGGUUAUCUAAACAUAGUCGGGGGAACAUUUGGUGAUGCAUGUGAUACAUGUUAUCUAAAUCUAGUCAGGAGAACAUUUAGUAAUGCAUGUGCUAAAGGUAAUCUAAAUAUUAUCAGGGGAACACUUGGUGAUGUAUGUGAUAAACGUAAAGUUCUAAAUCUAAUAAGGGAAACACUUGGUGAUGCAUGUGAUAAAAGGGAAACACUUGGUAAUGCAUGUGAUAAAGGUAAUCUUAAUCUAAUCAGGGAAACACUUGGUAAUGCAUGUGAUAUAGGUAAUCUUAAUCUUAUCAGGGAAAUACUUGGUGAUGCAUGUGAUAAAGGUAAUCUUAAUCUAAUCAGGGAAACACUUGGUAAUGCAUGUGAUAAAGGUAAUCUUAAUCUAAUCAGGGGACACUUAGUGAUGCAUGUGAUAAAGGGAACACUUGGUGAUGCAUGUGAUAAUGGUAAUUAA